AUGUUUGGAGAGAAAAAGAAAUUAGAUUUGAAAAUAAAUAGUAAAAAUGAUGGUGAUGCUAUUUCCCAAUGGGGUUUGAAUAAAUUUGAUCCAUCUCGUCGAGUCGUUGAGGUCAAGGAGCAAUUCAAUAAAUUAAAUCGUUUCAAGAAUUCCAGAAUUGGCGGCGGUAACAAUAAAGAUGGAUAUCAAAAGUACAAAAAGAAUUUCAAAGGACCUCCUCGUAGGGGUAAUAACAUGAAACCACCGCAUCGGAACAACAACAAUAAGUUCAGGGGAGGAGAUAAUUUUCCACAGAAACAGGACAACAAUAAUAAAUUCAAGGGAGGAAAUCCUUUUCGAUCGAGUAACCCACAAGACAUAAGAGCUGAAGAAGCUACACCAUGGACAAAAUUUAAAGAUGAUUUAAAUCACAAACAGCGCGAAGAGGAACAUGCCUCUAAACAGGCUAACUUUGAUACAGAAGAAGGCAAGAAAUUCCUAAAAGAACGUGAGAAAAACUAUCGCAAAUUGUUAAUGGAAGAAGCGCGAAAAGCACCCACUCAGUGGGAUGAUUUUGGUGAAGAGAAGACAGAGAACUCGAAAUCCACAACAUCAGACAACGAUGCAAAAGUCCCAAAGAAGAAAAAUAAAAACAAGAAAAGGAAAAAUACAGCAGAUGAUCAGGAAGCAUUGUGUCCGCCAGAGAAGAAAAGCAAGGAUGAUGCCGAGAAUGUGAAUAUGGAAGAAAAACAUAUUGCCGGACAAACUGAAAAUGCACCCACGAAAAAUAAGAAGAAAAAUAAAAACAAAAAGAAGAACAAGAACAAAGAAGAUGAGGAGGAUCUGGUGAAACAGGUUGAUGCUAAAACUUUGAGUUUCGAAGAAAAAAAUAAAAUUCGCAUACUGUUAACCAAGGCUAAUAAUAUGCGCAAAGGUGGAGUCACCGAUACCAUUAAACACUUCAAAAAUAUGAAAAAAAUGUGUACGUUGUCUUAA